GUGUGGAUACGACAGGGCAGCAGACAUCCUCCCUCCCAUUCUGAACCAGGCGCUAGGUCUAGAUGCAGAGAACAAGGGAAAAUCCUGUGAGGACAAUCAGCCCUGUGGGAAAGCCAGGAGAAAAGAACACUCAGACUGAAUAAGCACAAGCUUUCGUAAAGAAGCGAGAAUCCAGCAGGACCACCGGAGAUCCACUUGGACACUUGCCGCCAAGGUUCUGGUCUCCACGGUCGCGGUCUCUGACCACACACAUCACAAUCUUACCAGUCUUCAGAGCACAGUCCUUUCCAACCGACGACAUGAUAGAACCCUCUGAAGACUCAUUUGAGACGAUGAUGGAGCUUAAGAAUCCAUCAUCAAAACAAAUGGAGUCCUCCGAGGGCUCAUCCAACACCGUUGAAGAGACACCAGGCAGCAGCGGGGCGCAGGCAGGGGCGCAGGCAGGGGCGCAGGCAGGGGCACAGGCAGGGGCGCAGGCAGGGGCACAGGUAGUGGUACAGGCCUGUGCAGACAGUGGCCUGGCCCAGGAAGAAAAGGAGCCAUCCAGUGGCCCCAACCAGGAAAUGCAAGAGCUGCCCACUAAUCUACUCCAAGAAGUGGAGGAGCCAUCCACUGGCCCCCAGCAGGAAAUGCAAGAGCUGCCCACUAAUCUAUUCCAAGAAGUGGAAGAGCCAUUCAGUUGGCCACACCAGGAAAUGCAAGAGAUGCCCACUAAUCUACUCCAAGAAGUGGAAGAGCCAUUCAGUGGCCCCAACCAGGAAAUGCAAGAGAUGCCCACUAAUCUACUGCAAGAAGUGGAAGAGCCAUCCAGUGGCCCCAACCAAGAAAUGCAAGAGCUGCCCACUAAUCUACUCCAGGAAGUGGAGGAGCCAUCCAGCGACACCUGUGAGGAACCAUGCAAAAUGGAGGAAUCAAGUGAUGAUGGUUCGAACCAGGAGUCGAGUGAUGGUUCAAACCACGAAUUAAGUAAUGGUUCAAACCAUGAGUCGAGCUUUGGUUCAAACCAAGAGUCAAGCGAUGUUUCCAACCUGGAGUUAAGCGGAGGUUCAAACCAGGAGUCCAGCGAUGGUUCACACAAGGAGUCAAGCUAUGAUUCAAACCAGGAGUUAAGUGAUAGUUCAAACCAGGAGUUAAGCGAUAAUUCGAACCAGGAGUCCAGUGAUGGUUCACACAAGGAGUCAAGCUAUGAUUCAAACCAAGAGUCAAGUGAUAGUUCAAACCAGGAAAGGUCGGAUCCACUCAGUGAGGCAUCCGAUUAUAGCAUGGAUGAAACAAUCAACUCAUCCAAGACCCAGUCAGAUCAAGAUGAUACUGACCUGGGAGAUGAAGAGGAGGAGGAAGAUGAAGAUUCUGAAGAGGAAGGUCAGUCCAAGAACUCUCCAGAAGAAGUUGUGACUAGGAUGGGAUCCGUCAUCUCGAUGUUCCUCCGGAUGCAGGACCUAAAAGAACAACAGAGAGUGGCAGAAAGGAUCAUGAUGCAAGCCAUCAAUGAAGGUCGCCUGCCCUCCCUCAGGCCCUUCACUGGAGAUCGCAGAGACUACCAUGAGUUCAUUGUGCUCUGCCAGAUGACCAUGCAGAACUACCCAAUGAUGUUACACAACGAUCAGCUGAGGGUGAAAUUUGUCAUCCAACACCUGACUGACCUAGCCUUAGAAUGGGCCAACAACCUAGUGGAACAGAACAGCCCCCUGAUAAACAACUUCUCAGCCUUCCUUGAGGCCAUGUCAGAAAAGUUUGAGUAUCGGCAGACGCUACGUGUGGCUGAAGACGCCAUGUUCAACAUCAGGCAGGGUAACCGCUGUGCUGCCGAUUACAUCAAUGAAUUCCAGGGUCUGAUACCCACCUUAGGGUGGCCAGAUGAAGUCCUGCAGGCCCACCUGUGCCAGGGGCUCAAUGAAGAGAUCAGGCAUUAUCUGUUCCGGAUCCCUCAGCCGGCGUCCCUGGACAACCUGAUUGUGCUUGUCCUGCAACUUGAAGAAAAGCUAGCAGAGAGAAGGGCAUUACUCAGGCUGCCCCCCAAGUCCCGCCCAAGAAGCCUAGCCUGGAUGGACGCACCUGCUCCAGAGAAGUGGAGGGUAAGCAGCUGGCUGCCCAAUGAGUUCCACCCAGACAUUGAUCGUGACCACCUCUUCUUGCUGCUCUUGGUGAGAGUGAACCCCUACCACAGUGUCGCAGUGCAGGCCCUGGUGGACUCAGGAGCAGAAGGGAACUACAUGGAUGAGAAGUUUGCCCAGGAACACUAUGUGGAACUCUAUGAGAAACCUUAUCCACAGAUGAUCCAAGGUGUGGAUGGCUCCCUGAUCGGCAAUGAACCUGUCUGGCUGUGCACUGAGCCCCUGGUGUGUGUCCACCAGAAGCAUUAUGAGUCCAUCGAAUUUGACAUCUUACCUUCGCCCAACUUCUCCAUCGUCUUAGGCAUGAAGUGGCUCCGAACCCAUGCCCCUGAAGUUGACUGGGCCAGAGGCCGGUGUACCUUCCACUCUCCCUACUGUCUGCGGAAUUGCUUCACCCCACCUCCACCAUGCAUCGCACUAGAACAAUACAGCAUGAGCCUGCUACCCGGAUUGCCACACACAUACUCAGACCUGGCCGACGUGUUUAACCCGAGGGAGGCAGAUGAUGAGACUUCCGACCAGCCAAGCUCAGACGGAUCCGAUGAUCUUUCUGAAUCAGAGCCCUCUGAGCUUCAGCAGGCUGGAGACAGAGAUCAAAACGACGAGUCUAGGGCCAGAGAGACUUUGAAACCUGUGAGUGCCGGGAUGCAAGAAAAAGCCAGGCAGCAAGAGGAAUGGUGGAUACUGUAUGACAUGCUGAAAGACAGACAAGACUACACACAGAUGGUACCAGAGCUGUUUGACCAGUUACAUGGAGCUGCAUGGUUCACAAAAUUGGAACUGCUUGGCAUUAAGGCAGGUGAGAUGAGGUACAGUGUCACACACACCGAAGACACGUGGAGAGCAUCGUUUGGCUUUGGCAUUCACCAGAUGAGAUGCUACCGGCCCUACACAAUGAGCACAUACUCUGACGAAGGUAACAAUAUUGUUCACUUUAUCCUAAAAGACAUCCUAGGUUUGUUUGUGAUUUGCCAUGGCAGAGAGGUCCUGGUCUACUCAAUGAGCCAGGAGGAACACUCCCAGCACGUUCGCCAAGUCCUGGUCCGCUUUCGGUAUCACAACAUCUACUGCUCACUGGACAAAACUCAGUUCCACCGCCAGACCGCAGAAAUCCUGGGCUUCAACAUAUCCCCCAAAGGGGUGAAACUGAACAAGAGCCUCAUGAACCUCAUCGUGGGGUGCCCUGUCCCUGGCAGCAGGAGGUGUCUUCAAAGUGUGAUUGAGCUCGUCUAUCCCUAUCGCCACUUCGUGCAGAACUUCGCCAUCAUUGCAGAGCCCCUAGUGAGACAGCUGCUGAGUUCAGAGCCCUACUACUGGGGAGAAGCGGAGCAGGAGGCCUUGGAUUCUCUGAAGAGAGCUUUCCGUAAGGCACCCGUUCUCUACCACCCUAAGCCUCAGAACCCAUUCUACUUGGAAACAGACAUCACUGGGUCAUUCCUGUCUGCCUCCCUAGUCCAAACCGACGACAAAACUGGCAAAAAAUCGACCUGUGCUUUCUAUUCAAGACCCCUCUCCCAGAUGGAGGUGGAGUACCCUCGAGUGGAGAUGAGGAUCCUUCCAAUCCGGGCUUCCUUCAUGGUGUGGUGCCGCUACCUGGAGAACACCGAGGAGCCCAUCAUGAUCCUUCUCAACACAGAGGAUCUAGCCUCUCUGAAUAAUGACAGGCUCACCGUACUUCUCCCUGGGCAUUGGGUCUUCUUCUUCUCACACUUCAACUUUAGUGUUAUGGAGAUGCCAGAUGAAGCUGAUGAGCAAGCACUGUUCCGCAGAUGUUGGAAUCAGAGAGGCUUCAGAGCAAGGUUUCUACGGCCACUGCUGCUUAUGUCCAUUAGGGAAGAGGAGGAGGAAGUGGAGGAGGAGGAGGAGGAGUACGAGGACGAGGACGAGGACGAGGAGGAUCAGCCGAGUAUGAUGCAGGAGCUACUGGCUGCCAUCCCAGUGGAUCAGAUCCUCAAUGGCGUCCUGGCCCACUUCAGCGUGGCCCAGAUCCGGGCUGUUGUCCUAAACUUCUUCCGUAGCCUGCUCUACUGGAAGAGUGUCCUGGGUGUGGCAGCCGUCCUGGUGAUGUUGAGAGCGAGGCAGCCACUCUCCCCACUGCCUGCCCCCUCUUUGGAAGUGGCCAGGCCUCAGCCCCGGCACACUCUCCGACUCAUCCUGGACUCGACCCUCAUCGCAAGUAGUGGCAUGGCCACUGCCAUCGCUCAGUUGCUCAGCCAGAUGCCCCCACUAGUGGGUGCCAACACCCUCCCAGCUCGAGAGCUGGCUGAGCUGUUCCUGGGCCCAAGGUGCUGGCAUCGGAAUGCUCUGCAUUCCCAGCCUCCACGGGGGAUGAGAUUCACCCCAGGGUUCUGGUUGACCCUGUGUGAGUUCUUCGGGGUCAGAGUCAACCCUGAGGAUGACAUCUUCCCUGACCCACACCAGCAUCGAUACUUGGAACUGCACGUCGUUGGGGAUGAAGAUGUCGUCUUGCGAGAAGCCCUGCAAGACGACCUGCAACGUUACCGUCAGUGUGGCCUGCAUGACGGCCUGCAAGACACCUCGCAGGACGCGCAGGACAACGACGUGCAAGAGGACCUGCUUGGCGACCAAGAAGCGGUCACCUUCCGCCCACGAAAUCUGUUGGACCCAGAGGUCCUAGAUUUCCUCAACAACCGGCUACUCUACACCCUGGACACCGAUGGCCGCCUUACUCUGCUUAGCAGAGAUCAGGUAGCACGGGCCCUCACACGAUUCCUGACCAUGGCAUCCAGAAUGGCGUUGCUUUUCCCAGACAGGGACCAGGCAAGGCUAGAAGAGCUAUCUGACUCAGAUGAUGAACUUGACUGAAAACACACCAAGUCUCUGCCAUUUUCCCUUGUGCCUCAGCCAGCUUCGCUCAAAUCCACUCUUGCUACUCCUAACCCACUUGUGAAGGGCCACAACUUCAAUUCAUCAACCAGCAACAUCAUCUGUGCUAAAGAACUAGCCAACUAUCAGCGUCCCAGAACCAGCCAAGACUGUGUAACCCUAACUGUCCUAACUGGGCCCCUGGCCCACAACGGGAGUGAGACCAAUGAGGAGAGAACAGUGAUGAGCAACAGUGACCCUGUCACCCCAGGCCAGAUGCAGAGCAGACACAGCAGGUGCAGCCAAGCAAGCAGAUGCCAGGGACCCCACCACCACCACCACCCGAGUGGCAUGCGGCCACCUGUGCAUCCUGGGACACUCACCUUGGGUGCUCCACUGACUUCUACCUCCACACCGGUGCUCCGACUCCCCUGGACCCCGCCCCUGCCCCCAAGCCUCCCAAGGUGCUGUGGUUCCAUGCUUUCCACCACCCCAGCCCACCCAGCAAGCAAGUCCACCCCCUACUACCGGUCUGGUCCGGCUCCAUUGACACCUCAUCUGACCCUGAACUCUGAUCUUACCUGGGCAGAACUGCUCCAAGGAGCAUCCGAUGUACCAGUGUGACUGACGUACGAGAUGGACUUGUCCACCCUGAAGGUCCCUGAGAUUCAGGGGACCCAGAAAAGGGUGGUAGCACCAAGUGGGGCUCCCUUUCUCCUCCACAAACUGAUUUAUGGACAGUGCAGGAGCCAGAGACUUCACACAAAGGAGGGAGCCCCAAGAGACACUGGCGAAGCCCUAGAUACCCAGUGUACUGUGCCAAGGAGCCAAGAGUGCUCUGACCAGACCCAGCACUCACUGCCAUGGGAAGGGGAUCCUUCCCCUGCUUUCCCAGCCCAUGCCUGCUUUUGCCCCAUGAAUAAAGAGAAUAAAAGAUGA